CCAUGUGCCAUGGGUGUGGCCCUAAAAAGAUAAAAAAAGAAAGAAAUGAAAUGAAAAGAAUGCAUACAUUUAAAGGAAAAGAAGCAUUUACCCUGCCUUCCUUGUAAGAACUGUAGCAAUAGAGUAGAUGGAGGGAUGUUUCUCUUAAUAAAAUUACUCAGUGAAUAAAUGAAGAAUGAGAGGAUAGUACCUCAUUCUCAUUUAUUAGAACCCAUAGUGAGCUAUUGGAUUUAGGCCCUGAACAUCAAUGCUGAUAACAUCACAGAAAUAGACAAUCAGGCACUAUAUUUCUUCUAAUCAAAGAAUGUCAUAUCGCCUAUGAGGUGGGCCUAAGUAUGAUGGAACUUCUAAAGCCAUCCUGUUUGGGGAAGUUUAUUUGAGGAAGACAAAGGGACAUAGAGUCAGUAAAAUUCAGAAUAUGAGAAAUGCUAUAGGGUCAAAACCAGUUCUUCAACAAAUAAAUUGAAGGGAAAUCGGAAGAUAACAGGAGAACCUAUAGGUUUUAGACAUGAAGGAUAUGUCAACUACUUGUACAUUGUGAACUUGGUUUGGGUCAUUUAUUUUUUAAGUUGUUUAAAAUUUAAUGUGUGAGAUAGGUGGAAGUGUGAGCGCUGAUUUUUGAUGUUCUUAAUUACUGUUCAGUUUUUCAGGUUUGGAUAAUGGUAUUAUGAUUUUUUAAAGCCUUUUAGAGAUAAAUCUUUGAGGUGAGUUACAGAAAUUAAUAUAUGAGAUUUACUUCAAAAAAAAAGUGAGGAGAAUGAAUUAAGGUCUGCAUGGGCCAGUAUUGGGCUUGGUUGAUGGUUGUUGAAGUUGGUUCAUAGAUACAUGGCCCUACUGUAUUCUUACUAUUCUACUUUUGUGUAUGUUAGAAAUGCUUUGUAAUAAAAUUUUGUUUUAAAGUUAUCAGGAGAUAAAAGGAAAGGAAAAGGUGAGGUCAGGCAGUGGUGAAAAUAAAUGUAUAUGAUUCUUUUUGGAGGAAUUUUGCCAUAAAAUCAGAUACAUAGAAGACAGGUAAAGUAUUUUAGAAUGUGAGGUAUUAGAAUGUGUUUGUAAACUAAAGGGAAUUAUUUCAAAGAGAAAAAUAAAAAUUGAUGGAGAGAGAGGAUAAUUUGUAAGCUAUGACUUUCAAUAAAUGAGUAGGAGUCAGCCAACUUACGAAGGAAAAUCGAUGCAUAUGAGGAGAAUAUGGAGACAGAUUGGUUGGAUAAUGUGUUGAAGGGGAGAAAAACAUUUUUCUUUCAAUUGCUCUGAUUCCUUGAUGAAAUUGGCAGGAAAGUUAUCAGCAGAAUGUGAGGAUUAUUUGGAAUAAAGUAUGAAUUAUUCAAUACUUGAUCAAUUUUGAUUUUUAGAAGUACAAUUCUGUGGUUGUAGGGUUUUAACAUUUGCAGAUCUCUUGAUACAUAACCUCUGGUGUUAAUGUGACUAAAACUGCCUCUGUCAUAAAUAUUCUGUAUCCAUAUCAUCUUAAAUCAGCACAAGAUAUUGAAGACAUCAUAUCUCAGGAAACAAAUUAACAUUGUGACCAGAUUUGGAAUCCAGAUAUGACACUAAAAAGUUAUUUCAAGUAAAGGAUAUUUGUGAAAUGAAUUUAUCUCAGUGGGAGAUAAUGGAAAGAAUUAGAAGUUGUGGACUUGAAGACUCCUUUUUUAGGAAAGAUUGUGGAUAUAAAAAUUUUGAGGGACAAGAGGCAUAUUUCAGGCAAGUGAAAAAAACCACCUCUGAAAAAAUGACUAAGAACAGAAAACGCACAUCUCUUCCUCUGUAUCAGAGAAUUCACAAUAGAGAGAAACCCUAUGAAUGUGGGGAUUGUGGGAAGGCUUUUAGAGUUCGCCAACAACUUACUUUCCAUCAGAGAAUUCAUACUGGUGAGAAACCCUAUGAAUGUAAAGACUGUGGAAAAGCCUUUAGACAGUGUGCCCACCUUAGUAGACAUCAGAGAAUUCAUGCUUCUGACAAACUCCUUGAAUGUAAAAGAUGUGGAAAGAUAUUUACAUGUGGUGCAGAUCUUCGUGUACAUCAGAGAAUUCAUAUUGGUGAGAAGCCCUAUGUGUGUAAGGAAUGUGGGAAGGCUUUUAGAGUCCGAGGACAACUUAAUCUCCAUCAAAGGAUUCAUACUGGUGAGAAACCCUAUGAAUGUAAGGAAUGUGGGAAGACCUUUCGACAAUAUGCACACCUUACUCGACAUCAAAGACUUAAUAUUGCUGAGAAGUGCUAUGAAUGCAAGGAAUGUGGACAGGCUUUUCUGUGUAGUACAGGCCUGAGAGUACAUCACAAACUUCACACUGGUGAGAAACCCUAUGACUGUAAAGAAUGUGGAAAGGCCUUCAGAGUGCGGCAGCAACUUACUCUUCAUCAGAGAAUUCACACUGGGGAGAAACCCUAUGAUUGCAAGGAAUGUGGGAAGACCUUUAGUCGUGCCUAUCACCUAACUCUCCAUCAGAGAAUUCAUACUGGUGAGAAACCUUAUGAAUGUAAGGAAUGUCAGAAGUUCUUUCGUCGUUACUCAGAACUUAUUUCACAUCAGGGUAUUCAUAUUGGAGAAAAACCCUAUGAUUGUAAGGAAUGUGGGAAAGCCUUCAGACUGUUUUCACAGCUUACUCAACAUCAGAGUAUUCAUUUUGGUGAGAAACCUUAUAAGUGUAAGGAAUGCGAAAAGACUUUUAGACUUCUCUCCCAACUUACUCAACAUCAGAGUAUUCAUACUGGUGAGAAACCUUAUGACUGUAAGGAAUGUGGAAAGGCCUUUAGACUUCAUUCAUCACUUAUUCAACAUCAGAGAAUUCAUUCUGGUGAGAAACCAUACAAAUGUAAGGAAUGUAAGAAGGCAUUUAGACAACAUUCACACCUUACUUACCAUCAGCGAGUUCAUAAUGUUACUAAAUUAUGAGAAAGCCAUCUACGUGAAAUUUGUCUUAAGGAGCAUUAGAAAAUAAAUUCUAAAAAGUGUUUGGAUGUAGGAAUCACUUUUGCUUCAUGUUCACAGUUAAUAUAAGAGGUUUUAUUUAAAAGAGAAGUUUAAUAAAUAUAUAGAUGUAUUUCAUCACCAUUCAAACUCUGUUCAACUUUAGGGGAUUCAUCCCAGAAAGAAGCUCUCUUCGGGGAGUGAAUGUGGAAAAGCUUUUGAUUACCUGUUACCACCUCUAUUCUUUCAUCUCUACAGUAUACCUCUGGGGGUUGCCAGCACACCAUCUCAUUUUGGAAAUGAUAAAUACAGGGAAAGAAAAGUCAUUUACCCUGCAUUUCCUGUAUAAACUGUAUUUUAAGGCAACUAGAAGUUGAUGAGGUAAAGUUCUUAGAGAAUUUUACAACACAUAGUAAAACAAUGGAUCUAAGCACAAGUCUCAGUAGAAGUUUAAGGCACUUAGGUGAACGGUGGAUAUGAACUUCGUAGUGAAUAGAUCAGGUUCACAACAUCUGAACCCACUGAUCAAUUUUAAUCUCAUCAAAAAUAGGACAAAAGGUUUUAUGCUUCCUAAUAAGAUAUAAGACAUACCAUUGCCAAAAAUUUGUACCUGAAUCUAAGGAUCAAGAUCCCAGUUUAGAGAAAAUUUGGGAAACAGAAGAACAAAUUACAUGAUACACCAAAAAUCAGACAAAUCUAAAAUCUAAAGUGUGUAAUUUACAAGAAUAAUGACUCAGCUUCUCAACCAAUGGCACUGAAAAAAGGGAGGUGGAACUCUUAGACAUUAGAAGAGUCCUAAGAGAUGUAUCAAUGAAAUGCAGUGAAUGAGUGGUUCUUAUUUAGAUCGCAAGUCGAACCAAAUUAAAAAAGACUUUUAUGACAGUUGGGGAAAUUGGACUAUUGACAGUAUUGGAUAAUUUUAAGAAAUUAUGUUCUUGUUAGAUGUGGUAAUAACAUUGUGUUUAUGUAAAAGUGUCUUAGAGAUAAAUUAGGAAGUUUAUACACAUAAGAUAUGUCUAGAAUUACCUUUAAGAUGCUCAUGCAAAAAAGGAGUCCUCUUGUGGCACAGUGGGUUAAGGACCUGGUGGUGUUACUGCAGCAGCUUGGGUUGCUGUUGUGACAUGGGUUCAAUCCCUGGCUGGGAAAUUUGCAAAAUUAUGGUAAGAUGAGUCUUGGGUACAUGGUUUUUGCUUGUUCAUUUUGCUACUUUCUCUUCAUGUAUUUGAAGUUUUCCAUAACUUUUUAAAAAGAUAUGUAUGAAAUUUUAAGCAGCUUGCAGUGAAUGAUUUUUAUAAAUGGCUACCUAUCAAAACUUACAGAUAUUGCUAAAGUUUCACACACUGGGAUGUUGAAUGUGCUCUAAUGUAUUUGGGAAUUAAGAUUGAGGAUCCAGAUUUUAUCUAGUUUAUCUAUUGAUACAUCUGUUGUAGUGCCUGUCCCAUAGUACUUCAUAUUUUUAAAGAGUGACUGAGAAAAGCAAUUACAACUAUUUGUGGAAAAUAAUGAAAUAGAACUGUAUUGUCUAAUAAAGUAGAUGCUAGUAACAUGUUGAGCACUAUUGAGCUGUUGAGAACCUGAAUCGUGGCUAGUACAGAUUAAAAUGGUGUUCAGUGUAAAGUACACAUGAGGUUUUGAACACUUAGUUCUAAGAAAGAAGAGAAUGUAACAUCUCAGUUUCUCACAGGACUUCUUUGCUGUGGUUAGGAAGAUGUGAUAUUCAGUGGGUUGUAUUACUGCAUAAAACAGAACCCAAUUUAAGUGUAUUUCUGCUCCCAACACACUGAGGUUUACAUACUGAGUUCUUGUUUCUACCCUGAGUCGUGCUGGACUUUUUUUUUUUCUUCAUAAAAUGUUGCUCGUGAGUGGUUUUCUCAGAUUGUUUUUGAUGUUUUAGGAUCCAAAGGCUCUUUUUCACUUUGCACUGUUCUGUCACAUUAAGUUCAAACUUGUAGUGCUCCCAAGUAGCACCAUUCCUUUAGAAAGUGUAUUUGCUUUAACUUUUAUUAGGGUUCAUUCAGUUAAAGAAAAGAUCAGUGAAUUGUAUUGAAUUCCCUAUGGGGCUACUGUGGAAAAAUGACUUUAAAAUUCGUAGAAGCCCUGCUAUUUCACAGAAAGGAUGAAAGUUGGCUUCAUCUUUAUUCUGAGGCCACGUUUUCAUGACAGUACCAUAUAUUUGAUAUUUUCUCUCCUUAGGCCUUUUUUAACAUUGAGAACCCUUUGUUCCCUAUAAACACUGUCAUGAACCCUCUAUAUGUCCUUAAAAUUCUACUUGGAAUAUGCACCAAUUGAAAUAAUGAAUGAAUGUAAUGAGAUUUUUUUUUUUUUUUACUUUGUUAAUAUGAUGGAUUACCUUCAUGGAUUUUCAAAUAUUGAUUAAGCCUUACAUCAUUGGAAUAAACUCCCAUGUGUCUAUAGUGUGUACUUUAAAAUAUAUAUUACUGUGAUUGCUAUGA